GUGGGUUAUGCCUAUGUAAACCCGGAUACUAUGGCGAUACAUGUCGAUCUAAGUGUUACAGUGGAUGCUUAGGCUGUGAUAAUCCAUUUAACUGCACAUUAUGUUCAACUAAUAGACAUGGAAUCCAAUGUGAAAAAGAAUGCUCUCAGAACUGCUCUUCUGGAUGUAACCUCUACGACGGUCACUGUAAUAACUGUUACAUUGGAUGGUUUGGAAUCUACUGUGACAACAGGUGUUCUGUGCACUGCGCAAACGAGUGUGAUUCUAUGGGAAAAUGUUCGGGAUGUGUGUCGGGAUACUAUGGAGAUUUUUGCAACAUACAAUGUUCAAGUAAUUGUAUAGGAGGAUGUAAUCAAAGUACCGGGGAAAGUUUGGUCUGUGUAACAGGAUUUGAGGGAAGGUUUUGCGAAGUUAUACCUGAUAAGAAAGUUUCAACGCAGAUUGUUUCACUGUCUGGUGUUGGAAUCGCAGGAUGGGAGAUUGCUUCUGUCCUGGCCUUAGUCGUCGUGCUUGGACUUGUAGUGUUUUGCCGAAGACGGGUUAAAACGGCACAAGAAGUAAAUAAGAAACCGGAAUGGACAGACGACAGGUAUUACAAUGUGAAAUCCAUGAAAGGUGCUGUUUCUGUCAGCAUACGUCCGGACUCCACGCCAUACUAGAGUUGCCUUGAUGAUACGGACAUCUCUCACACGUAUUCUGCCUUGGACAAAAACGCGGCUUAGUCAGUUCAACCGGAGCUUCAUUGUUGAAUGUGAAAUUUCAUGUUUUUUUUACAGCGCAAAACAUGAAUAUUUCAAUCAAUAUGGACCACUUGUGGUGUUCUGGCUCAGUAUGUAAUAUAUUGGAAUAAUGCAACUGUAAAAACAUCAUCAGGUUGAAAUUAUUACAACCAUAUUCGCUUGUCAUUCACGAUGCUACUUUAAAAUGUACCAAGCGCGCAGAACACGAUUUUUACUUUGUUUAAGUCAAAUGUUAACAUAUUGACAACAUGUUAUACGGCAAAAUCUAUUAUUUUCUCAACUGUAUUCAUCACACAAGAAAUAACUAUAAAACAUGCCAAAGCCUCUAUUACGAGUUUAUAUAAACAAAUAAUACAAUAAUUACAAUAUGAGAGACAGGAACUGCAUGAUAAGCUAUUA